AUGGUGGGCUGGAAGACUUCGCCACAUAUCGACGUGCAGUUGCGCUUCGACGCAGAGAAGCAAUCUAAACAAGCUCGUGUGCCUGCCUUCAAUGGCGACGAUCAAAUUACUGGCGCUGCCACAUUCACCUUGAAGAAGAAUUAUGAGGACAUUGGGUAUAGAGUCGUUGUCAAAGGCGUCGUCGAGACGAAGACCCAAGAGUACCCUCCUGGUGGCCUCAACAGUGCCUCACAGGUCGAGACCCACACAUUUCUGUCGGCGGUAAUGUUCGACGGGUCUGCCAAUGCCUCCUCCACGCCAGAGUCCAAGUUUCGAACCCAGAUUCCAUUCAAGCUCGCGCUGCAAAACGAAGCCAACUCAGUCGGAUCAUGGGGCGACUCCAGGAUUAACGGGGAAAUCGUACAAGAAAUCUUACCAACCCUCAACUCGAAGACGGCUCCAAAACACUGGGCAGACAGUUUCAAGCCCAGUUUCAACUCCGACUUUCGCAUCACUUAUACCGUAAUUGCAUCGGCCUUCCAUGAGAGGAAGAUUGUUGCAUCGACGUCGAGAGACUUCAGCUUUCUGCCAACGUCUUCGCCACCACCGCCAGUACCAGUAGAAGACUUCUCUGACGAAUAUUCACUUCGAGCAUCGAAAUCGUUGCAGAAGGGCAGCCAAGCAUCCCGGAUUGGUCUCAUCAGCGAAGAACCUCCUGCCAUGGCUCUGAAGCUAGGAGCGAAGGGCGGAUCCACCAAUGUCAACCUGUUCGUUAUGCUCUUCAGGCCACAUACGAGGGACUUCGACGCCAACGAACUGCCCAAGCAAUUACGAAUCACGGCCAAACUGCGAAGUACGACGUUUGUCAUGCCCAAGCGCUCCAAGCUCAACAUGCACACAAUGCAGGGCGCCAUGUACGACCGAGAGGCCGCUGUCAAGCAAGACAAAACGCACACUCAGAACUACACAAUGGCCAUUGACCAGUGGCAGACGAACGAGUCCGAGAGCGAAGAUGACAAAUCCAUCAUCAGUGAGGAGGUCUUCUCCACUGCGGUUUCGUUUCCGUUCAUCGUCGACGGCGACAACAUGCCCAGCCCGACAUUCUACUCGCCUUUGCUUUCGAGACGGUAUGCGGUGGAUCUGAAUGUCACGUUUGACGAGCAGCCGGGGAUGAACAUGAAGCUACGACUGCCGCUGCAGGUGUUUUACAGGUCGACUGACUCGGUCAAAGACUCCUGGAAAGAUGUAUCCUUCUUCUGCGGCGCGGAGUUCGUGCGGCAAGCGGCUUCGAAGCGGUAUAGGAGUCAGAGCGGAAGUUACGUGAUGGCCAUGUGCGAAAGCAAGGUACGCUGCGACUACGGCACUCCCUGCUCGACAUGUCAGAAGCGAAGGCACACUCAUCUGUGCAUUUAUGACCAAAGUCCGAGAUGGGUCGUAGAGACUCGGAGUGGUGAGAAUGGUCGAGCUGUGAUUGAGACCCUUCAAUCACCUCCAUACCACGGAUCAUUCGAUGCUCUGGGGCAAUCUUCAAUUCUGAAUAGCCGUGACGAGCAUGCCGGCACCUCGCAGAGCAUAUUGGAUCCGGACCUUCCUUCCCCAGCCACUACCAACACAUCUACCAACCGGAGACCUGGUCAACUUGAGUUUCUCAACUACCUCUCGGAAAGCAUCACCAACAUCUGCGAGCGUGAUGACCAGACCGGGGAGACGCUUUACGUCGGCCAAAACUCCUCGGCUGCAUUCUUCCAAGCUGUCCUGGCUACACAGGAGGAAUACCACCUACCUCCUGAUGUAUCCAUAGGAUCUGCGUUCGGGCUUACAAAUCGAACCCCUUUACAUCCUUUUGGCUCGCUGUGGUCUGCGACUGUAAAAGUCACUCUCGGUGAUAUCCUGGGAUCGCUUCCUAGUACCGAGAGAUGCAUGAGAUACUACAGAGCCUAUAGUCAAAUUGCGGUCCCUUUCGUGCCAUAUCUCCUCGAUCAAGAGGACUUUGAAAGACGUCUGGUCAAUGUCGUUCAGCUGCUUUCAGAACAUCCUGACGAUGCCAUCCUCGGACAGGCGGCUGCUGAUUUGACAUAUCGUGAGCUGGCAGGCUACGCACUGCUGUUCUCGGUGCUGGCCUCAGGAUGUCAAUUUGCUGAUGAGGUCUCGUCGGAGAGAAUACUGACUACUAGAGUCUUUGUCGCAUGUUCGUUCGAAUGUCUUCGUCUUGCCAACUUCUACGUGCAACCUUCGUUGGACCAUGUCCAGACCACACUGCUCCUCGAGUACGUUGUUGCGAACGACAGCAAUCCUGGCGUUGGAUGGACGUUCCUUGCAAUAAGCGUCAGACAAGCUGAGAGUCAGGGCCUCCACCUUCUCACUCGCCAACAUGGGACGACUUUGCUGGCCGAAGAGGAAAUGCACCCGAUGUGGAGAGCAAUCAUCCACAUGGACUGCACUUUGGCGCUAGCCUUCGAUCGUCGCCCCAUGAGCUUCCUAUCUGCUCGCUACGAUGCAGUGUCGGCAAUUCAGAGGGCAUCUGAGGUAUCUUUCUUUGACCUCGUCAAUGCCUUGAAUUGCGUCAAGCUGGAAUGGCAGACCGCUAAGCAGAUGGAUCCUGUUCUCAGAGCCGUGGAGACUGAGCUUUACAUGGCGAAGGUCGAGCAGGUCGAAUCGGUCUCCCAGAGCGACACAUGCAUAAUCAAGUCUGGGAAGUCGAUGGAAGCGAGGCUGCAACAACUCAUCUUCAAACUUCAUAUCGAGCAUUUCAAGGCCAGGCUCUACCGCUACGGAUCGCUCGCCAAAGAUGCGUCGCCGGAGAAAAGGAACCUUUACUUUAGUCUGCUUGAGAUCAGCUACGCCACCGUCAUCGAGACCUUCCUCAGCGUGAAACCGCUGUCCCCCAUCGUGCAGGUCGCUUGGGACCUGCUGUUCUAUGCGAUCAGUUCGGCAUUGAUCCUGGCUGGCUUACAACUUACGCAUCAGACUAGGUCUCACCAGACGUUAUUGCGAGCGUUCAUCAACUCUCUUCACGCAUCAUCGGAGAAGCACAUUAUCGGGCAACCCAAUGAAACUUCUGCGUAUCCGUUUUAUCACGGGUAUGCGGUGCUCGAAUCUAUUCUUCAGCAAUGUGAGGAGCGAGGCUGA